CCUCCCAGCCCUGCGUGGAGUGGGCAGAAAGGCCUGCGCCCAGCCCCUGGUGUGGGGGACAGAGUGGGCGCAUGGCCAGCAUGCGGGGUGCUGUGCCCGGUCUCUGCUCCCCCGGGGCCCGGUGGGAAGCAGAGGGGCAGAGCAGCGGUGAGGCUGUGGGGUGGGCAGUGACCCCAUCUUGUCGCAGCCCCAAGGAGCAGCCUGUGGGAUUGCCCCUGGUAGCCGGGCUGGUCGCUCCCAGAGAGCGGGGAGAGCACGCCAGGAUACGCUGCCCAGCCCGGAGCAGGAAGGGGUGGGACCUGCCUUGUUGGUGGCCUCUGCGCACAGGCUCCUCUCCAGACACACGGUUCUCCUGGUGCAGGAUGACAUCUCACUGCCUCUGUCUUGGCCUGACACGACUGGUUCUGCUCUGCUGCCUGCCUCUGGGUCAGGCAUAAGGCAGGAAACAGAACCUCCCGCUUAGCACUCUGCCAGCUGGCACACUGGGCUUCCAGCCCCCGUUCCUAACCCAGAGAGAGGGAGGAGGUUAAAGAGUUAACAUUUGCAGACCCGUAGGGAGGACACGGAUCUGACUGUUCCUGGGGUGAUCCUUGUGCUCGUGUGAAUUUCUUCAAUCAGCCACCAACAUUGUUUGGCCUUUUUACUGUUGUGCCUGAAAGGCGGCUUGUGGGUGUGUUCAGCCUCAGCACGUUUCAGUAACAGCGCGCCCGGACCCAUGCGGCCUGAGCAUCGUGCCCAAGGACCCGGCGGUGGCGUUCGGGGGUGACGUGGUUCUGAACUGCACCAGCACGUGCUCCAAUCACACCAGCCUGGGCUGGGAGACGUCGGUGCCGAAGGUGAUGGAUCGGGGAGACGGCUGGGUGUCUCUGAACAUCUCCAACCUCAUGGAUUGGAACCUGGAGCCCCUGUGCUACAGCAUCAACCCGCAGAUCAUCGAAAAAGCCAGGCUCCACGUGUACCGAUUCUCACCCCCCGAGAUCCACCUGGGAGCCGAGAUGGUGGCCGGUCACCAGGAGCAAAUCACCUGCAACGUCUCCAGCCUUGUGUCCGGCUCCAGCCCCUCCGACAUCAACGUCACCCUGAGCAGCGGGGACAACAGCACCCUCAACGAGAGCCGCGGCAGCCCGGCCGUGCGGUACAGCUUCGUGGUGCGGCCCACGCAGCACGGGCAGGAGAUCGUGUGCCAGGCCUGGCUCCGCGUGGGCCUCCAGGUGCUGAGUAACAGCGCCAGGGCCACCCUGAAGGUCUGGGCCCCGCCCCAUAGCGUGAAGGUCUCCGUGGAGCGGCUGGAGUUCGGGGUCGGCGCUAACUUCACGGUGCGGUGCAGCGCCGAGGGGAAUCCCCCGCCCGAGCUGCACUGGGAACUGCCCUCCAACACCAGCGUGGAGCUGUCUGACCGCGGCCGGAGGGUGACCGUGCGCUCGGCCCAGCGCGCGCACAACGGGACCUACCGGUGCCUGGCACAGAACAAAUAUGGGGCCAGCUCGGGGCAGGUCGAUGUCCUCGUCGAAGUUCCCCCAAGGUCCCGAAUCGUGAUAGUCGCAGUGGUGCUGGGGGUGAUUGUGUUUCUCGGCGGCGUAGCCCUGGUAGUGUGGUGGCUUGUGAGAAAACGCUUCAUGACGUCUUAGCUGCGGCCCGCGGCAGCCGCAGUCCAGGGCUGUCCCCGCCCGCCCGCAGUGGGGAAGGCGACUCGGGGAAGGGGAAAGCACUGGGCAGUGAGGAGCCUGAGCCUUUGGGUGAGGACAAGGAGGAGCCCAGAGGUGUCUGAGCCGGAAGCCCUCACCGCGGGGGACUGGUUCCAGGGGCGGUGGGGUCACGGCC